AUGGAAGAACCAAUAAUUCCAUUGGAUCGCCUUUCGCAAUGGAUAUAUGCCAUCUGUGUUGUAAACUUUGACGUGGAUCUUGGGCAGACAUUGGACUGUGUUUAUCCACAACAUGUUCAACUAACUGAUGCUGAGCGUGUUUCCAUUUGCUAUCUUGCAUUUCCUGAUUCACAUUCUUCGUGCGAAGGGAGUACACAAUAUCACUUCCGUUUCAAGUGCACUUCUAUUAGUCGCUUUCUCUUAAAAAACUUUUUUUCGUUAUACAAGGACUAUUGUCCCUCGUUUUUGUCUGUUGUGAUCCUAUCUCCACUGCCGUUUGAUGGUUUCUUCUACGAAGUUGUGAAAACUGUUUCAAAUGCCUACUUUACACAUGGCAAAGAGGGUAUUGAAAAAUCCUGUGGAGAUAUUGAUUCCUGGCCCGCUCCAAAAGCUAACAAGCAGCUCGCCCUUUCACUUCUUGGCAUGACGUAUUUUCUUCGAAUACCUGGCACUGCUAGAGCGACUAUACCCACGUCUGAAUCUCCAGUUAAUGGGGAUUCAUCCUCGAAUAAAGAGGGCGAACAAGGUUCUGUCUCCUCCUCUAGCUUCUCCUCCCUUUCUCUUUCCCCGUUGGCUGAAGCAAUUCUUGACUGUGUUGACCAGACGAUUUCCAGCAAGUCUUUCACGGGCAUACUGGGCAAGCACUCAUCUUCCAGAAAUCCAAAUUUAUCCAUUGAUCGUAUUCCGGAUAAGGAGUUGCCAAAAAGAAUGCAAGGGAUCGAAGUAAGCCUCGAUUCUCGUCGCUACCUCCAAGCCUUUGCACCGGUUCUAGCUCAUCUUCAGCGGCUCUGGGAGCUGGUAAUAACAGCUCAACCCCUCCUUGUGAUGGCGCCUAAUCCAAAUCAGGCAAGUCAGACCGUACAGGCUCUCGUCUCCUCCAUAGCGCCUUUUGCCUUCUCCGCCGAUUACCGACCUUUUUUUACGAUCUACGACACCGAAUUUAAGGACGUUUCUCGCGGUUGCACCUCGAGCCCAAUAAAGAUUCUGGGCGUAACCAAUCCCUUCUUCUCCAAGGCUCUUUAUCACUGGCCAAAUGUAAUCCGUCUGGGAAAAAUUAAAUGCAAGUCUACUGACAAACAUUUAUGUUGUGAUUGCCGUUCCACCACAGACAUUGAAAAGAAGAAGGGAUUGCGUCAGCACCCUUCAAAGACAUUGCUUGAGGAUCUAAGACCCGGACUUUACUCACGGUACAAACCCUUCCUGAAGCGAGAUUCAGGAUUUUACAAGCGUCUAAAAAAGGCUCUUACGGAUGGGACUCCGGACGAGUGCAUUUCCCAUGCUAUCCAUCUGUUCUUCCAAGAACUGACCAUGAGUUUUCUCAUACCUCUGGAGCACUACCUAUCGAGUCUCAUGCCCCUUCAUCGUGACAUCUCUCCGUAUCAUUGCGUGCCUGAGAUAAGUCGCUUCAACAUGAACGAUUUCUUUCGCACCCUGGACACAGCAGGUCCCCGGCUCACAUGUGAUGUCAAGGGUGAUUGGAUUGGUCUUUACAAACUAUUCUUCUCUGGUCCUCACUUCAUCCAUUGGCUGAGUCAUCGAGAGGGAGAAAUUCAGAAGAAGUUGCAUUCCCUCCACUUGGACGCGAUCCUAAGGGCCAACUUCGAGCUCUGGACCAAGAAUCGAACGGAAGUGGAAAUCGUUGAUAUGAUAAUACAGCUGAACCAGCUCGUUACAAGAUACGGCCAUACCGUCUGCAAAGUCGAGGGCAUUCGUCGACAGAUCGCCGUCCUCCUUAAUGGUCUGCCCGAAGACCUGCGCCAAGUGGUUGGUAGCAGUAGUACAGGAACUGGGGCACCCAUCAGUGUGAAUGGACGAGACUAG